AUGCCGCGCGCGCUGCUCCUGCUCACGCUGCUGGCGGCCGCCCGCGCCGCCGACGUCUUCCUCAUCGCCGACACCGCCAACCAGACGCUCGCCAUCGCCGACGCCGUCAACGAGACCAUCGCCGACGCUACUGACAUCGUCCUGGGCGACGGCAACGACACCCUCACCGAUGGAGACCACGAACCUAUCGUGCGGAAGAAGCGGACAUUCGGCGACAUCGUGUUUAGAGGAUUGGCUGAUGUUCUCGGGUACAAUGUGGCGAGGAAGCCACCGCAAGCUUUUGCCUUCCCGCCGCCGGUUGCUCCUGUGCCAGGGAUAGAUACGCCUCUACAGGCGGCAGCGGGUGCAGCUCCAGCCCCAGCCCCGGCUGCUCCCGCUGCCCCGCCGUGCGCGGCUCCGCGAGCAGCAGCCCCGCCCCCCUGCCGGGCGCGACAACCGCCCCCACCGCCACAACCUAAAGCUCGCCCUCCCCCAUGUCCCAAACCUAGAGCCGCCCCGAAGCCUAAACCGACGCAACCGCCGCCGCCUCCCCCUCCCCCCUGCGCGUCCCCGCGCGCGAACCCGACCACCGCUGCUCCUUGUGGUGCCCCAGCUCAACCUAAAGCAGAUUCUAAUCUUGAAACGAUCACUUCCAACUUGCGCUUCAACUUUAACUUCAACCGCGCUUUAGCCACUCCCGCUCCUGCGGCCAAUGAUGAUAUUGCAGAAGAGGAAGCGCCGCUAGAACAACCCGUCCUCCCCGUCGCACCCAUAGCGAUCCAACCUCGCGCAGCUAAACUGCCCCCACCGGCUCCGCGCAAUCCACGCGUGUACGUGGAUGCGUUUGUCGUUCGCGAUGGAGUUCCGCAAAGAGUGCACACCAUUGACGCUAAAAAUAUAAAUAGAGCACAAGUCGCCGACGACGACUAUCUCUUCGACGUCGAAGAUGAACCACAAAAUGAGGAGGGCCAACAGGAUCAACUGUAUGAUGACUACGGGGAUGCGCAGGAACUUCGCGAUCGUUCUAAAGCUGUACGCGAAUUCGGUACCGCCGUCGAUCAGUUUUGGGCUCAAAAACAGAAACCUAAGAAAAAACUGCCACUUAAUGAUUACAGGAAAGUUCAUUUCGGCGACCGAGACUUAGGAAAUCAACUUCGCCGCAGGAAUGAUGAUGAUUCAGAAAAUUUCCAGCGAGAACGACCGAAAGCAAAUCGUGCUCCUUCACCAGCACCAGAUGACGCAGAGAGCGAGGAGGAAAGCGAGGUCACCACUACGACACAAGAUCCACGCCGUAAGCUAAAGCCACGCGUGCUACCACCCACUGAACACAACCCCAAUCAAAUUGACACGGUCACGGUUCGAGUGCCACCUAUCUACAAAGAAAAACGGCCUAAAAAACUACACAGAGAAAGACCGGAAGCUCCGGAUCGCGAUGAAGAUAGCGCGGAGGAGACUCCUAGAGACGAAUAUCAAGAACAUGACUCUGAUGCCGAUAGUGAACAGAGUGCACAAGUUGAGCGAACGGAAGCUCCAAAGCGUCGACGUCGUCGUAAGAAGAGCAGACGAGUUCGAUCCACCUACAGUCAAGCUUAUACGGCCGGUGAUUACGACUACUAUGGAAAAAAGCUCCCGAUAUCCGAAGAGGAAGAACAUUACAAAUCAUUAACCAUUCCACCGCCCACGAAAGACGCAGAUGUAGCGAGGCUCGAGGCGGCCGAAGAUGAGGGUCAUUUCCUCGAUGACCAUGAGAGACUUCGCGAAGACCCCGAGCGGAUACAGGAAAAGAAAAAGAAAACUAAAAAAGAAGUCGCAGAAGAAAGCAGGCGCGUGGAAGACAGAGAACGCGCCGACGAAUCGGAGAGAUCAGACGAGAGCGAGCGAUCCAGCGAGGAUACAGAACGAGCGAGCGAGGGGGAGCGGUCAGACUCCAGCGAACGAUCCGACAAACUGAGCCCCAACGCCAGAGUCCACGAAACGGGAUACAAGAGCAACUAUGUACGAGCCACCAACGUCCAGGUCGAAGACGAUCAGCCGAAAGUUUCCGUUGUUAAGAGAAAAAACAAAACCCUUAAAAGUAAGCCGUAA